AUGCUUUUCCUCCCAGCUGCUGCUCUGUGCUGUCUGUGUUCAGCGCUGGUUGCCAUGGCAGCAGAGCUGGUUCAGGACGAUGUAACACUGACCAGGAGAGUUGGACAAAGUGUCUCCUUCAGCUGUGGAACUGAUCAGUGUGAUAUUCCUGUGAUAUACUGGUAUCAGAAAAAAGAAUUGGAAACUUUCAGAGUGAUUCUGCUUAUUUACAGUAGCGGUGGAAUUGAUUCAGACUUCAAUCAUCCUCAGAAAGCAGAUUUUUCAGCUGAAAAUACACAGAACGGUUGUUUGUUGAAGCUAAACAGAGUUAAACUGGAUCAUUCAGCCACCUACUACUGCAAGUGUUGGAAGAGAGACGCCCACAUCUUUUUCACCGUGGGAGGAUACGAGUACCGCAUCUUUGGACCUGGAAGUAAACUGCAUGUAACCGAUAAGCAGGUAGUGAAGCCCGUGGUGAGCGUGUACCCAGCAGCAUCCAGAGUCCACCUGGGGGGGGGCAGCUCCCUGCUGUGUGUGGCCUCAGCCAUGUUUCCUCCUGGGGUCCGGUUCUCCUGGAAAAGACAGAAGAAGAACGGCCCGCUGGAGGACGUCCCCCCUGCCGAGGGAGAGCAGGUGGAGCUCAGAGAGCCGGGACGCAGCGCCUCCAUCAUGGUGGUCCACCGCCUCCAUCAGGACACGUACAUAUACAGCUGCUACGUCAAGCACGAGGGCGGCACGGUGGAGGCCCAGACACAAGGUGACGGAGGCUCGGUGACUGUGUUCAGCAGAGACUCAGCUUCACGUGGAGACGCUGUCAAAGACAGCAGAGGACGGACAUUUGUCCCUGCAACUCCCAACAUCUUCCUUCUCUGUUUC